AUGAUAAGUCAGCAAAGCAACCCAAAGCUCACUUUCGAGCAUUCUAGCUAUGUCUAUGUCGGUAACGGAAGCCACGGGAAGCAGGGGAGAGAGGCUAGACAACCACCCAAAGUAGUUGGAAGAAGAAAAAUAUCGCCUUUUCUUGUAGUUCUAGGGCUUCCUCUCUACAAUAUGAAUAUCCCAGCGAUGGAAGAAGAAGCAGAAGGAGGAGGAUCUCAUCACGAGCAGCAACAGCAUCGCCUGUGCGACUAUUGCGACUCCUCGGUGGCUCUGGUCUACUGCAAAGCUGACUCUGCCAAGCUCUGUAUCGCCUGCGACAGGCAAGUCCACGUCACCAACCAGCUCUUCUCGAAGCACUUCAGGUCCCUUCUCUGCGACUCCUGCGACGACUCUCCCUCUUCCGUUUUCUGCGAGACCGACAACUCCCUUCUCUGCCAGAACUGCGACUGGCAACUCCACGCCGCCUCUUCCUCGCUUCAUCGCCUCCGAAGACCCGUCGAAGGCUUUUCCGGCUGUCCCUCGGCCUCCGAGUUUCUCGUCAUCGUGGGCCUCCAUGACCUCACCGACAAAGCUCUGCUUACCCCCGAACCCGGAUCCGCCGAUCUGUUGCUUUGGGAGACCCCGGAGAUCGUCGUUGCCUCCGGUCACAAUUUCCGGGCCAUGGAUGUGAGUGGACUGAAAUGGUUCGAGGAUGAACAAGACGAGCAGUUUCCCUAUUCUUCUCUGCCAAACAACUUGUCUGAGUCUGGUGAUAAUGCGAACCGGAGAGGCUGCAAUCAACAAGAGUCAUCAUCGGUGAUGGUUCCGGUUUGCAAUAGUACAAGGUCCGCACUGCCUUUCCAUGAGAUCAACACUCUUGACAGAAACUCUGCUCUCUCUCGCUACAAAGCAAAGAAGAAAUCUCGAAGGUACGAGAAGCACAUCAGAUAUGAAUCACGCAAGGUUCGCGCAGAAAGCAGGACAAGGAUCAGGGGACGUUUCGCUAAGGCAGAUCCCUGA